GCCGUUGCGUAAGAAGCGUGAUGACGUCACCGUGCGUGCAUUCCAUAGAGGGACGGUACUGCGCCGCCGCCAAAUUCAAACAGGAAAGAAGAAGCCCUGCUAGCAGCGACAACAAGCCAGUUCACCGCGUGUUAUUACCAGGUGCAGCAGUGAUGGAUGGAGUUGGCAGAGCUGUGGUUGGAGUCUGGCGAGCACACACAGUCCUAGAUGAAUCAGACGAUGCAGAAAAUUCCCCAGAAGCCCCUGAUCGUUUCCGCAAACUUCGCUCUUCGUCUUCCCUAAACUCACUGCGAAUGUCUUUGCGCAAACGCCUCCCGCUCCGCUCGGUCCAGACCAACUCUCUACCUGAGAAUCCAACUUGGGAAUCCUUGAAGGAUCAGCCCAAACCCAAUCCAGUCCUCAAACUUACUCGCAGUGCCAGAAACUCCUUUACAGGAAUGUACCAGAGGUUGCAGAAGACGAGAGAGUUUUCUCGUGAGGAGUGUUUGGUUGCAACACCGGGUCAGGGAGGAGAAAAUGCUUGUUCUUCCAAUUAUUGUACUCCAAGCCGUACUCCUGGGCGAGCCGCAACACCCAGGCGAACGCCCAGAUCUGCAGCCACUCCCAGGCGGACCCCAACCUCUAAAGGCGGAAAAACUCCAGAGGGAUCCAUUCGUGGAGUAAAAACAGGAGGAGGCAGGAGGCAACUGGUCCGAAUGGCUGCUUUACGAAGUCCUUAUGCUUCACCCAACACACAGAACCAGAGAAUAAAAUUUGAUCAAGAUUUAGAAUCAGUCUCUAAUGGACUUAGCAGACUCCAACGUCUGUCUAAAGCCUUUGAUGGCAUCGUGGGAAAACAAGACAGAGCCGCUCCGAAGAAAUGCUCCGGAGGCGCCGUGAUGAGGAAGUUGGACCCCAGAGGGAAACUCAGCUGCUCCAACGUCUCGCGCCGAGCCUCAAACCUCUCGAACUCCGUGGGAAGCUGGGCUCAAACAGCCGUAAACACGAUUCGCAAACCCAUCUGAACUAUAUAAGCACAUGUAUGUUUACACCCGACACCUUUUGUAGACGAGCUUUGAAAGUUUAUCUUGUUAGUGUUACAUGUUUGUCAUUAUACUGGGAGACUAUUUUAGUGGCAUUUUAUAUUCUGUUUUAUCUAAACUGUAGUUUCUUUACACUCACCAGUUUAACUAAACCAGGAUACAUAUCCUCUCUAGCUACCUAAGGGAUCUUUAUGUGUGAUAGUGUUUGUUUAGCUGCUACUACAACUGAAUUUUGUUACUAAUAUUUAUGAGCAUUACCCAUUACCAAAACAGUAUCUGCACUUGUUACACUAAAUUUACUGACAGAAGCUGUGUCCUUUACUUUAUAAAAACAAUAAUGUCACUAACAUUUUUUAAAUGUAUGUUUGAUUAAACCAAAUUAUUAGUUUUUUAUUCUUUAAAAGGGUGAUUUUUAUUUCAAUUUUUUUCUUGUACAACUGACUUUUUACAUUUAUGCAGAUACAGUUAAUAAUGCUUCUUUUUGCCUUAAACUGUGAGAAAAAUAAUGAUUUACCAGAUUAAAACUAUAACUCGGUUUGAUGCCUAAUGAGUCACAAUAUUUUAAAUUUAUUUUUUAUUCUCACUGCAAAAAUGGGAACACUUUUUGUAUGCCUUUUCUACAAAAUAAAAGUUGUACAUCCCUGAGAAACAUUUUUUUAUAUGUAUGCUUUUAUUUUUUCAUCAAAAGUGCUAACAUUUGCAUUGCUUACCAUGUAUAUGUAGUUCUCCACUACUAACUGAAUAAAUCACUUAAAAUACAAUGAA